AUGCAUCACACCAAAAGAGAUCCACGAGUCAGUCCCAGUGAUGAAGAACGUGAAGUAACUGAUGAACUCCCCUUAGUUAGUGUGAAAAGUGCAACGCAAGAAAAAGAUCCUAAUAGAAGAAUAUUGCAGAAGCGGAAAGGAAAAUUGGAUAUGGAUGUGAAAGGAACUGAUGAGAAAACAGAAACGGAUCAAACUUCUAGUGAUGUGAAACUAAAAUCUGUGCUCCACAAGCGACAAAAUUAUGCAUCUUUCAGUGAUGAACCGUCCAAUGUCAAAAGUGAGUUAUCACCCAAACCUGCAAAACAGGUUCAUCUCUUGACACCUGUUGGAGAGUCAUCCCAACAGAAUGAAGAGAAGACACCAAGAUCAAUAUCAGAUAUCCUGAGAACAGUUAGUAGUAAUAAUCAAGGACAACCUGAGAGACCAAUGCGACUUCAGAGGAGAUCCAGUACUAUUUCACCUAGUAGUCAUUACAAGAGGAAGACAACCAUGUUAUCCCCUUAUGUGCGCUUAGAUUACAGAACUGAUCCAGAGAUAAUAUGGAAGUUACUAACAGAACACUGGCGAAUGAAACCACCCAAUGUGUUAAUAUCAGUUACAGGUGGUGCUAAGGAUUUUAUACUGAAAGACAGACUGAGAGCUUUAUUUCACAGAGGAUUGAUGAAGGCAGCUACUAGCACUGGUGCUUGGAUCAUAACUGGUGGUACAGCAGAAGGGGUGAUGAAGAUAGUAGGUGAAGCUGUAGAUGAGGAAGCCAAGGAACACACCCAGACUGAAGAGAAGCCUGUCUAUGCAUUAGGUAUUGCCACAUGGGGUAUUGUAGACAACAAAGAUGCAUUGGAUGGAAAUAAGGUAUGUAUGGUGGAGUGUGUGAGUAUGGUGAUAGGGUGAGUGCUGCCACAUGGGGUAUUGUAGACAACAAAGAUGCAUUGGAUGGAAAUAAGGUAUGUAUGGUAGGAGUUUGUGAGUAUGGUGAUAUGGGUGAGUGCUUGCCACAUGGGGUAUUGUAGACAACAAAGAUGACUUGGAAUGGAAAUAAGGUAUGUAUGGUAGUGUUGUGAAGUAUGGUGAUAUUGGUGAGUGCUGCCACAUGGGGUAUUGUAGACAACAAAGAUGCAUUGGAUGGAAAUAAGGUAUGUUGGUGGAGUUUGUGAGUAUGGUGAUAUGGG